CAUCUUCCCAGAGGAAUGAGCUAAUGGCCUGAAAGCCAGAAAUAGUUUUUUGUUUAAGCACUGUUUUUCUAUCGUACUUGAUACAAAACAUUUCGUAAUUUUACAAAGAGUACUGUUAGCCUUACAUAUAACAGUAAGAUUAAAGUUCUGUUUAGCAUGAGCCUUAGUGUUAACCAGCAUAUGCAUCCUUGAGUCGAAACAUUACGCUUAAUUAUAAUCAAUUAUAGAAGGAGGGGCUAAUAAAAUAAUUUUUUACUUUGUAUUCUUUUAUGUCUUACGAUUUUCAGAUUUCUGCCUGAUGUCUAGCAGUAAGCUGUUAAAGACUUUUGUAUCAGAAUGUAAAAUUCCAUUCUGAAUCGUAGGCAGGGAUGUAUAGUCUACAAGGACAUUUUUUUUGCUUCCAGUAUUUUGCAAGUUCAUGUCACUGAACAUAGUAUAACUACCCCUGUUAUUAACAACAGAUAGUAUUAGGGAAUAAAUAUACUGACAGUGUAAGACUCCCAAGGACCAUGAAGAUAUUUUUGUAAGACGCUGAGCUAUCGGUUUUACACAAUAAUUUUACCCACAUGGCUAAAAAGUUCUCUUAACUCGCCACGUCAAAUCUGUAUAAAAUCCAAGCUUUUGAUAACAGUCUCCAUCACCAUCAGCAGAGACUAAGUCUGCCUGUCAUAAAAUUGGUGAUGCUCCCGCUUUUAUGUCAAGUGGACGGCACCUGACUUGUUAAAUUACAUCAUGAUGACAUCAUGGAGAUGGCAUAUGCUAAGGUGACAGUCUCUGCAUUCAUAGGCUAUAUUUGUGUUGCUGUCCAGCAUGACUUGCAGCACCAGCAUUCACAUUGGAUAAUGAAUAUCAUACAGAAUAGAUAUCCAGAUAUGUGAGUGGUUCAAAGACUUCUUAAGUAAUAGAACCCAGCACAUUAUCAACGAUGGAGAGUAUUCGUCAGGGACAGGGGUAUUAUCAGAAGUGCCUCAGGGAAGUGUGAUAGGACGCUAUUAUUCUCUGUAUAUGUAAAUGAUCUGGCGGACAGGGUGAGCAGCAAUCUGCAGCUUUUUGUUGACGAUGGUGUGGUGUAUGGGAAGGUAUCUUCAUUGAAUAACCUUAGGAGAAUACAAGAUGACUUGAAAAAGUUUCACAUUGGUGUGUUGAAUGGCGGCUAGCUCUAAUAUAGAAAAAUGUAUGCAAUGCAGAUGAGUGGGAAAAACAGUUGCGUAAUGUCUGAAAUACAGCAUUACAGUUGUUUAAAUAUCUUGGCGUAAUGUAGCAAAGCGCUUUGAAAUGAAACAGGCAUGUAAGGUAUUAAUGGUCGACUUUGGUUUAUUGGUAGAGUUUUGGGAAAGUGUAGUUCAUCUGUAAAGGACUCUGCGAAUAGGGCACUAAUGCAAAACAUACUUGAGUACUCCUAAAGUGUUUGGGAUCCCUACCAGGAUUAAAGGAAAAUGUCAAAAGAAUUCAGAGGUGGGCUGCUAGAUACUGGUAGUUUCAAACAACAUGCAAGUAUUAUAGAGAUGCUUUGGGCAGUCAAAUGAGAAUCCCUGGAGGGAAAGCGAUGAUCUUUUCGAGUACACUAUUGAGAAAAUUUAGAGAACCGGCGUUAGAUGACUGCCGAACGAUUUUACUGUCGUUGAUCUACAUUUCACGUAAGGACCACAAAGAUCAGAUGAGAGAAAGAAAUUUGUGGUAAGGACUAUGGGACCAAACUGCUGAGGUAAUUGGUCCCUAGACUUAUGCCCUACUUAAUCUAACUUAACAGUUGCAUACCAAUGAAGGGGGGGGGGGGGGGGGGUCAGUAACUGACCCCAACGAAGUUCUUAGGCUAAAACUCCUGCCGUGUUCAGUAGUUUAUUUAAUAAACAUAUGACAUUCAUCGUUAUUAUAAUUGCUACAAUCGACAAUAAGAACACCUUUUGGUUUACACUCAUUGUUGAGUUAUAGCAAUUGUUAUAACUGAAGGUGUAGCAGGGCAACAAUCACCACUCGCAGUCAAUAAGUAAACAGUGUGGUGAGUGGAAGGUAAUAUCUUUGUGGCAUUUGGCAGAAUGUACAAGAAGGUGAAAUUGACAGAUGACGAAAUUAGAAAUUUGCUUCAGAGCUCAGACAAUGAAUUUAGUGGUGAACUAUCCGAAAGCUCGAGCCAUGAAACUGAAGAUGUAGUCAUGGAAAUUCCAGAUCAAGUAGUUUCUGAUAGCAGCGAGUUGGAUGAAAGUGAACAGGAAAUUCAACCAACAAGAAGACGAUCCAGGCCGAAAGCACAAAUUGAACAACUUGCAAAAGACAUGGUGGCCUCCUCAAGUAUGAUAUGGAAGAGAAGCCCUUACGUAAAUCAAAGGAGGAGGUCUGUUGCUAACGUAAUGAGAACCUCGAAAGGAACUAAGCCAGGGCUAAAACCUGAUACAUCAGGUAAAGCUUUUCUCAUGUACUUCGAUGAUAACAUUCUGGAUAACAUUUUGAUGUGUACCAAUCAAAAGCUUGGAAAUCUUAGGGAAUCAUCUGAAGAUAUUUUCACAAAAAAUUCGAAAGCAUUUGAAAGGGAAAAAAUUGUGUCAGCAAUUGGAAUUCUAUUCAAUUGUGGAGUCCAUAGACAGAACAAGGACAGUUUACAUGAUAUAUUUAGUAAAGUAAACUUUCCAAUGUACCAGGCUUCAUUUUCGGAGCAUAGAUUGAGGCUCUUACUGAAGUGCUUGCGUUUUGAUGAUGCUCUAACUCAAGCAGCUAGAAAACAGAUCGACAAAUUUGCUCCUAUCAGGGAUAUAAGGAACAUGAUAGUUUGUAAAUUUCCUGAGUUUUAUAAUCCUAGUGAGUCAGUCACAGUGAAUGAAGAACUUGUGACCUUCCAUGGACGAUGCCCAUUCGGGCUAUAUAUUCCAACAAAACCAGGAAAAUAUGGAAUAGAGGUGAACCUGUUAUGUGAUUCAGAUACGAAAUACUGCUUCGCUGCGGAUCUCUACGCUGGAAAGAACCAUAACAGUGGCCCAGAAAUAGUUAGAAGAUUGAUUGAAAUGUCUAACUUGAAACAAUCUGGAAGAAAUGUUACCAUGGAUAUAAAGUUCACUACCGUUCCACUCGCAUCUGAUCUUUUGAAGGAGAAAAUAACUAAAGUUGGUAGUAUUCGAAGUGACAAACGCGAUGUUCCUACAGAACUCCGUCCUGUCUCUCUAAAAAAAAUUCUAUGCCAGGAACAAUCUGAUUUGCCUUUAGUGAUGAUGCCACUUUAGUCAGUUACGUGCCUAAGAAAGGAAAGGUUGUUACAGUAUUGUCAACCCAACAUCAUGAUAUGAAUGUGACAGAAGAGAAGCCAGACAUCAUCCUAUUCUACAACUGUACAAAGUCAGGAGUGGAUACAUUCGAUAAGUGUGUAAGAACGUACAGCUGCCGUCAAGCAAUGCGUCAAUGUCCAAUGGCAGUGUUUUUCAACUUGAUUGGCAUUGCAGCAUACCAUUCAUAUGUUGUAUUUCAAGAUACACAGAAGGAAUGGACAAAGAAUUACCUGACAGAGAGUUCUGGAAGAAAGAAGUACCUGAAAGAUCUUGCUAGUGAACUUUGUGACCUCAACAUGAAAAGACGCGCUCAAAAUGCUAUAGGCCUACACUCAAAAUAGACUACAGCGUUAUCAACUUUUGGGUAUGAGUGUAAUCAAAAUCAAGGUGCUGUGAGCAGAGGAAACAACGUUACGGAGCCGCGACAGAAAGUAACACAUGCAGCUGUGCAUAAUCUGUCAAAGAAAGGACGCUGUUACUUAUGCGCCAGAAGCAAAGACCAUAAGUACAUGAAGGCACCAUAAGUACAUGAAGGCUUGCACUUCUUGCAGGAGGUAUAUGUGCCCUGCACACACCAAGAAAGAAGAAGUAGUUCGUAUUGUAAAGUGUUCUGAAUGUGAAUCUGAGUAAUCCUUGUACUUGUGAAAUUAAUACAAAUAAAUGUAAAAAAAACUUUAUUUUUUACUAAAAACGUCCCAGAAACCCUUUCCCAGUAAUAAUAAUCAACAUUUUAAUCUGCCAAGAUUAUGGAAAUACAUAAGUAAUAUGAUUUAUCCUAGAUAGAGAAUGUGUAAUGGUUGUGCGGUCAGUUGCUGACCCCUCCCAUUGGCGUUGGCCAGUGCAACAUACAGCAUUGGUAUGCAACUGUUAAACUAACUUACGCUAAGGACAACACAGACGCCCAUGCCCGAGAGAGGACUCGAACCUCCUACGGGGGAAGUCAUGCGAACCUUGUCAAGAUGCCUCAGACUGCACAGCUACCCCACGCGGAUAGAUGAGGGAAAUUAGGGCUCAUACAGAGGUAUGUAGGCAGUCAUUUUUCCCUCUCUCUAUUUGUGAGUGGAACAGGAAAGGAAAUGAAUGAAAUCUUCUCUGUUUUCAAGCCAUGUCAACUUGAAAACUCCAAGGAAAGAAAAUGACCAGUAGUGGUACAAGAUACCCUCUGGCACACACUAUAUCGUGGCUUGCAGAGUAUGCACGUAGAUGUAAAACUAUGUAAAGUUUUCCUCAGCAAUUUUUGUUUCUCGAGUGUAUGUUUCCAUGCAUUGCUUUGGUUAUGCUAUACUACCUAAUUUGAACUUGUUUUAAAAUAUUAUGUUUUAUAUUCAUAUAUAUUAACUUAUGUGAGACAUUUGAUCUUUUCUUGUAUCUA